AUGUCAACAAUGAUUUCAGCAAUUGAAACUCUUCCACCAGAAUUAUUUCGAUCUAUUAUUGCUUUCCUCUCUCCAGAAGAUACAUCUGCUUUGGCACAGACAUGCCAUCGAAUGUAUAUAAUUACACGUGACGAUAAAAUAUGGCAGCGAUAUUUUUUAAAAAGGUAUACAUACACACUUAGUUUUCCUCAUUAUUCAAAUGGAGAAUAUUUGCUCAGUUCUGCACUGAAAACUACUGAAGCUGUUGAUGGUUGUACAUGGCAAGCAUAUUUUGCCGAAAGAUCACUUCAAGAUAAACAUAUACGAUCGCUUCUAAAUGAAAUCAUAACCAAUCGUACAAAUCGAAUAUCUAAAGCUGAUUUGAUCUCAUCAAAAUAUGGUCUUUUGGCUUUUGAUGUGCUGAAAAAUUAUUUUUCACCUACUACUGACAUAUUCAAACAAUUCAAUAUUUUGAUAACGACUGCAACUUCACGUAAUCUUACGCGAGAAUAUUAUGCAUUGGAUCUGGCUCGAUUUAUUUCUCGAAAUAUUGGAUUAACUCUACUAAACGAAAUGAAGAAUCAAAUCGAAAUGCCUACUGAAGGCAAAGCGUUAAUUAAUGUCUUAUUUAUUAUUCAAUGUUUUCAUCCUCAUGGCAUAUUUCUAUCGUUAAAUCGUCUUCAUUCAAUUGGACAGCGUCUUAUUAAUGAUCGCUUAUUUUCCUCACUUACUCUACAUGAAAAAUGUCAAUUAAUAAUCACUACCAUGAAAAAAGAAAACUUUCUUCCAGCAAGUGCUUCUAAUGAAUAUUAUGAUUUAGAAAAUUCAUUUCUUUUCUCAACAUUCAAUGGGAAACCAACAAUUCCAUUAACACUCGUUUCGAUUUUUUGUGCAUUAGCUGACGAAUGCGGUUUAGUAGCUCGACCUGUUGGUUUUCCCGGUGAAGUUAUGGCACAAGUAGAACAACCAUUAGAUAGCUCCAUGCCAUUGAUAAUUAGUGUUUUCGACAAUAAAAUCAUGUCGCUUGAUGACAUCAAUGAACGUCUAGCUAAUACUAUUCAAACACCGUUAACUUAUCCUCUAACGAUUACUCCAAUGAGUGACUUUGUUAUUCGAUCAGCUCGAAAUAUGGUACAUAGUAUUGGUAGAAAUACAACAUCAUCAUUGAAUUCAUAUGGUCUUUAUGCUGCUGUAUCGAUUCUUAAAAUUUUAGGCGGUGAUGCAUUACCAUUUGCUUAUGAUUCUAUGAUGAAUGUUCUAAAAGAACAUUUUCCAAUGGAUAUACAUUUUCUUGAAAUGCUUUCAUCGUCGAUGACAAAUGCUUUUGAUGAGCUUAGUCAAAUACGAAUUCAAGAUGCAAAUCCUCUACCAAUCGAAGAAAAACGACGUAAAAAUUCUUCUCCAAAAUUUUAUGUUGGACAAAUAUUUCAACAUAAACAAUAUAAUUAUUGGGGUGUAAUUUGUGGAUGGGAUCUAAGUUGUGCGGCUUCACCAAUAUGGCAAGUACGAAUGGGAAUACCGAACUUAGUACGAGGAGCAUUACAACCUUUUUAUCAUAUUUUGGCAGAUGACUUUUCAAGAAGAUACGUAGCUGAAGAUAACAUCAAUGCAUUGGCAUUUACUUCUAUUGAAAAUAAACAAGACACACAUGCGAUUGUAGAAAAGUUACGUUCAAUCGAUGGCAUUGGAAAAUAUUUCGAAACAGUGGAUAUUAUUAAUGCAAGAUUUAUUCCAAAUAUGGAAUUACGCAGUGAAUAUCCCGAUGAUUUUGUUUGA